UCCACUCAUCGUCAUCUCACGCAUUGUUCGCCUUUCUCCCCACUUAUUUUCCUUCCCUCCUCCCUUCUUUCCUUUCCUCUCGCUUUCACAUCUUCUCCUCGCCCACUUCUGUCCCACAAUGCAUUGUGUUCACUCGUUGAAUCAUGGACCAAAGCGAUAAUGAUCUUCAAGGAAGCGAUGGUUCUGGGAUUUUGGGUGGCCCAGAUGUUCGCAGGCGAAUCCCCAUCAAGCUCAUAUCCAAGCAGCCCAUAAGGAGCAAACCUCAGCCCCGCAUCCAGAGACCCAGCAGCAGGCCAUCCAAAAGUGAGGCUGGAGAAGACGAUAACUUUGGCUUCAAGCAAGAAGAGAGGCGUGAUUGUGGAGCUAAAGCUGGUGAUGUGUUUGCAAGUCAGAGGAGAUUCCCCCAGCAACUGUUUUGGGACUAUAAGUUACAUUUGAUUGGAGAAAGGGAUGAAGUACCAAUUCACUUUUGUGAUAAAUGUGGUCUUCCUAUCCAGCUAUAUGGGCGGAUGAUCCCCUGCAAACAUGUUUUCUGCUACGAUUGUGCUUUGCUUCACGAGAAGAAAGGGGAAAAGAUGUGCCCUGGCCUCACCUUGUACAACUGCACAGACCCAGUGCAGCGCAUCGAGCAGUGCCAGCGUGGUUCCCUGUACAUGUGCAGUGUUGUGCCGGGAUGCAAGCGCACCUACCUGUCCCAGCGUGAUCUGCAGGCCCAUGUCAACCACCGCCACAUGAGGGCAGCCAAGUCUUCCACUGGCCGACAGGAGCCCGUGCACCUGCCCCCUACAUCUGAGGUCCCUGAGCGGUUCCGCGUGCCUCCACCUCACUUACCCAAGAACCACGUUCACCUCCCCAACCCGCUCCAGCACAGCAGUCAUGACCCCUACAGUCAGCCACCCCCACCUACAGCUCACGAAGCCCCGCCCCCGCCCUCCGCUCUUGGUCCCGAGACAUUCCGCAUUGCCACGGUAACAACCCGUAAACACAGCAAUCUCAUCACCGUGCCCAUCCAAGAUGACUCCUCUUCCUCUCGGGAGCCCCACUCUGGUGGGCCAGGCCCUGCUCAACCACCCCACCACCACCCCGGGGACUAUCCUGGCCAGCCAUCUGUAGUGUCCCACUCUCACCACAUGAUGGCACCACCGCAGCAGCACUUUGGCCCCCCACCUCCCCCACCUCCUCCGAUCAGCCACCCCAUGCAGCAUCCUCCCCAGGCCUCUGGGACCCCACACAUGGUGUAUAACCAGGCCCCUCCUCCCCCCAUGUCCACAGCUCCCCCACCAAUCACUCCACCACCAGGGCACAUCAUGGGCCAGAUGCCCCCCUAUAUGAACCACCCGCCCCCAGGACCUCCACCACAACACAGUGGCCCCCCUGUCAAGCCCCCACCUCAUCAUUACAAUCCCAACUCCAUGCAGCAGUUCUCUGAAGACCAGGGCACCCUCAGUCCCCCGUUCAGCCAGCCAGGAGGGCUCAGUCCUGGGAUGUGGCCUGCUCCGAGAGGGCCCCCACCUCCACGAAUGCAGGGUCCUCCUCCUCAGGGCCAGAUGCCUGGACCGCACCACCCAGAUCAGGGCCGCUAUCGGCCUUAUUAUCAGUAAACUGCCAACUGAAUGAAUGGGCAACAGUCUGUGUCAUUCUGUUCCAUGCUACUUGUGUGAAUAAUGUGAUAGUAAACCUCAGGGUUACAGGAUGUAGGACUUUCAUUUUGAUAAAAUUGCCCCGAAGCAAAUGUGUAUGUGCUGCACAUUUUAGUUAAGUGUAAUUGAACUUCCCACUGAACAUACAGUAGACUUGGAGAAGAGCAGGAAUGUCCCUUUUUUUUAAUAGCGUAUGGUAAAUAUUUCUGUAUAUAUGUCAGCUGAUUACACGCAUAUGUACUGUACAUUCAAAGACGCUAACUAUGUCUCAAUAAAUUUUUAACGGCA